AUGAUGAGCUCUCACCAACAACAUCCCGGCUACGGGUUCCUGUCUGGCAUGGACCUGCACUCCGUGCACCACGUGAGCCAGGACAUGAACGUGGCCGGCCAGCAGUCCGCCGCGUCCCAGGAGCAACACAUCAAGAGGCCUAUGAACGCGUUCAUGGUGUGGUCCAGGAUCCAACGAAAGAAGAUCGCCCUGGACAACCCGAAGAUGCACAACUCGGAGAUAUCGAAGAGGCUCGGCGCCGAGUGGAAGCUACUCUCCGACUCGGAGAAACGACCGUUCAUCGACGAGGCGAAGCGUCUGCGGGCGAUGCACAUGAAGGAGCACCCGGACUACAAGUACCGUCCGCGAAGGAAGCCCAAGGUACCGGUGUCCGCGGUACCUGGUAAAGGUGGCUCGAUGAGUCCCGGUGGCUUCCCCAGCUUCCCUCUGCCUCCGUACUUCGCCGCCCCAGCUGCUCCGGUCUCUCAUCAUCAUCACCAUCCGCACCCUCUCGAUUAUCCACCGUUGCCGCCGUAUUUUGGCUCAGCAUUCGACGCGGUCCACCUGAGCAAGUUAGUGGCCAGCAGUAACGGUACGGGGUCGUCGUCGUCGAGUGCAGCGGCGGCCGCAGCUGCGGCGGCGGCGGCGGCGGACGCAGCCAACAACAACGCUGCCUCCGCGGCGGCUGUAGUCAGCAGCUUCUACUCCGGAUUUUACUCGUCGCCCACAACAGCAGGUAAGCCGUACCACAACACGGCGUCCCACUUGGGACCUCUGUUCUCAACCGGACAUCACACCGUGGGGGCCACCGCGCCUCAUCCUCACCUCAUGUUCACGUCCUCGUCGGCGACCGGGCCCGGCAGCAUCGUCACGACCACCAGCAGCCCCGGGAGCAGUCCGGGCACCACUCCGAUACCGUCGUCCCAUCAGCAGGUGACCAACCCGACGACAUCGACCACGCUGGACCUCGAGCAGCUACGCAGACCGGUCUCCGUGAUAUUCUAG